UUCCCAUCCAUCAUCUUCCGUCAUUCCAUCUUUCCCCUCUCUUGCUCUUUGUUCACACCAACCAGGUUCGAUUGCUUCACGGAGCUGCGAUGUGCAUGUCUAUCUCUAGUCAAGGUAGCUCCGUGACUGCCCGACCCAUCUCUCCUGCAACUCAGCAUCGGCCCACGUAAGUUCCUUGCUGCUUGCGCUCACCAAACUACUAUAAGUGCGGAGUCCACCUCCGAAUGCCGUCGGAUCGCCUGUGAUCGAACUCAAACAACGUUAUCCAUCUUAAGUCGCCGGAAUCUUUUAUGUCCUGAACGGCGGAUAAGUCGGCUUGUCCUAUCCAUACCGAAGCUCACAGGGUUCCAACCAACCUCACCACCACUCGACCGGACUCAAGCCGAACGAACCACACCUCGACCACCUUUGAUCCUCUCUCCUUUGCUUCUCCAGCAACAGCUACACCUAUCCUUUAUUUCGCACUACCUGCAAUACCACAAUGGCAUGGUACUCACUCCUCCCGCCUGACUUUGUCUGGAUUGAGAACUGGCUUGUACGGAUCUUUAUCUUUUGCGGCUUUGUGACAAUAUUUCCUUGGGCCUCUCUGCUGAUCUUCGACAUAUUUUUAUACAUUUGGCGGAUGGUGAAAUACGAGUUCCCCCUUGUCGGCGGACGGGCGAGGGGCAAGCAGCGGCCGCGCGCCCCGAGCUUAAACGAGAGACCGGAUGGACAGCCUAGGGUCCUGGGACUGGGGACAGGGGCCCUAGUCAGUGAUAUCGGAGAUGGAGGCAUGUCUAGUGGUGAGAAAAUAAGAAGGAGAGGUGAGGAAGUAGAGGGGGACGAAGACGACUGAAUACAGAUAGAGGUCCCGCAUGUUGAGAGAGCUCGUCUGCCUCCUGGUGAGGCUUCGGUUUUGGCGUUAACUCUUGGAAUAUGUUUGCUGCCCGCGAAGGGGUUUCCUGCUUUCCAAUUGGCCAACUCCUAGAGAAGAGGUGUAUUAUGGCUAAGUAUGAGCGGCAAUUCGAGACUGGCAUAUAUCGACAGUCCGACUGGCCACCUCUUUGGCGAUUCCCCUGUGUAUAUUGAUACCCUGUAUGUACUCUGAAUUAAACGUCUAGCUGCUUGAUUGAUUCACUUUAUCUUUCGGCAGGUUGGGCAAUCAGCUUUGGGCGGGAUUUCCA